CCGGUUUACGGCAGCCGGGUCUGUGGGAGUAGUGGGACGGAGAAGUUGCCAGCAUGGCGUUUACACUGUACUCUCUCAUCCAGACCGCGAUUCUGUGUAUCAACGCCAUCGCUGUGCUGCACGAGGAGAGGUUCCUCAGCAAGUUCGGCUUUGGUGUGGACCAGGGAGUUGGAGGUUUUGGGGACGACCCAGGAGUCAAAGCCCAGGUUCUCACCCUCAUCCGCUCGGUCCGGACCGUCAUGAGAGUGCCAUUGAUAAUAGUAAAUUCGGCCUGCAUCGUCCUGCUGUUACUGUUUGGCUGAAAGCGUCCACAAAUGAAGCCAGAUGACCAGACAUGUGCCAAGGAACAAACACACACACACACACACACACACACACACACACACACACACACACACAGAGAGAUGCUCACAGAUACAUAUCUGUCAUUCAGAGACCGUUGACCGUCAUCAGCAGCGUGGAGAAGUUUGGGGCUUCCAUGGAAAAGGAAAACUUAAGUCAACCUGUGGGUGUUUUUAUCCAAAGAGAAGAACUGACCGGUCAGCUGGUUAAUGAUGAUGGUGGUUUAUGUCUGGUGUGGACUUAACCUGAUGACUUAACCUGCUUGUCAAUGUGACACAAAGGGACAAAAUGGAAGUUAUUGAUCGUGACACCAUCAACAUAAGGAUUUGAUAUGUGUUUUAUCGUGCCGUUACAAAUGGGAAACAUUAUCGAAGGAGUGUUAUCAGCAGUAGGGCUGGAUAAUAGGUAAAUAUUUAUUACGUGCUAUUGUAUGGCUAUCCAGAGCUAUAGCUGUCUUUUUACAAUUUUCUAAUUUAGAAAUGUAAGAGGGGGGGGUACACAAAGACUGGCUCACAUUUCAGUCAGGGACUACAGAUGAAAAAUAGCCUCUUGGCUGACUGUGGCACCUUCAAUGUGUUAUUAAUGUGCACCGUCAAAUACACCAAUAAAAUAUAUUUGUAUUUUACACUA